AUGCAAAUCGUGGGUCCACCAAACUACACGGAUUCCUCGCAUUCUUCCUCGCGGAAGCGAAGCCUGUCUGUCAAUGCGAGCUCGGCUUCUCGACAGUCGUCUUCCUUCUCAUCGUCACUGGCCCCGGAGGAGGCUUCGGGCAUCACGAUGCGCAAUCCCCAGCCGUGGCUGAAAGGGCCGCCGGCAAAAUUUCAGCCGCCUCUGGAAGAACAGGCCGUAGAUCAGUUCAUAGAUAGAUAUGUGCUGUACCCCUGCAAUCAGACGUCUUCUCCCGGCUUCCUAGAGCAUUUGCCUUCCAUGUUCAAAGAAGUCAACGUCGAGGGUCGCUACGCGCUUCGCUGGGCUGUGCAGGCGGCAGCAUAUGCAGACGCCGUCUCAUCAAACCAAAAAAGUAAAGCGCUUGCAAGCAAGGCUCUGCAAUGCUAUGGCAUGGCACUCAAGGCUCUGGGGGAGUCGCUCUCUACGCCAGGCAAAGAGCCGGAUGAUUAUGAUCUAAUGGCCGUGGUCGUGCUGGAUAUUUUCGAGACAUUAUAUACUCCCAACGAGGUCAGUAAAGGAUCUCACGUCCAGGGAAUGGCGCAACUGCUUCGUUUACGCGGCAGAGAUUUGGUCUACGACCCCCGCGGCUGGAGCCUAUUUCGACUUGCACACCACCGAAUUCAAAAACAUCGAUUAGCGUAUCCUAUCUCGCAAGUCUCCGAAACAUCAAACUUGCUCAACGAGUUGAAUAACAACGAGCCCUCGGUCCGCCUCGAGAAGAAUACCAAUAACAUCCUUGAGACAUGCAAGCGGGCGCGGACCUUGCUAGACCUUGUCACUGCAGGUGGGAUACCGGCAUCGACCAUUGUCGACAUGAUCAAAGAGCUGCAUUCGUCGGACCUAGAAGCAGUCAGUUGGCGUCAGACGUCACAGUGGUCUUUUACCAGCAUAGCCGUCUCGGAACGACCAGAUCUCUCUUCAGCAGCACAUGGCAUCACGGAGACUAUUCAGCUGCAUCCAGAUGUAUGGAUGGCCUACGAGUGGAACUACCACAGGACAGCGCGCAUAAUCUUUCUACAGCAACUGCUGCAAUGCUCCAAAGCCGCCCUGGAAGCCCCAGAUCUCAAAGAGGUCGAUAGGCAGAUGCUGAAUAAUACCAUCGCAGAGUGCAUCUCAACGAUUCAAUGGCUAGCCGACGAGUUCCUCGCUACCGUCCCUCAGUCCCUCGGGGAUGUUAAUCAUAUGGGUUGGCUCCAUGACAGCAACGACGGCCCGCCUCGCUGCCGCGCCAUCGGCGGAUAUCUGCUUCUAUGGCCAACCCGCACCGUCAAGGCGCAAACGUCUGCGACGAGCGUAGAUCAAAAAGCGCGAGCACAGAGGGUGUAUGAAAAGAUUCGUGAAUGUACUGGAAUGAAGGAUCUUCUAGGUGACAAGAGUAUCAUCUGA